GGGAAUGUGCAUUUAAAACAUGGAGCUGUUCUGGCUGUGGAUACCGGUUCUGGGCUCGCUGAUGUUAGCGGAGCUCUUGUGGACUCUACCCAUCGAUCAGGAUCAGGGGCCGAGGCCUGAGGAUGAGGAGCUGGCUGAGGACUACCUCAGGAGGUUUUACAACCUGAAUCCCAGAGGCAGAGAGUCGGGGAGAGGCAUCAGGUCCACGUCGGCGGCGGCCAUGGAGGAGAAGAUCAGAGAAAUGCAGAACUUCUUUGGUCUGAGAGAGACCGGUGGUCUGGACUCUACUACCCUGGAUGUGAUGAGGGAGCCCAGGUGUGGCGUUCCAGAUGUGGAAAACUUCAGCUUUUACCCAGAAAGGCCUAAAUGGAAGAACCACACCAUCACAUACAUGAUUGCCAGAUUCACUCCGGACAUGACGAGAGAGGAUGUGGAAAAGUCCUUUCGUUCAGCCCUGAAGAUGUGGAGUGAUGCUGCACCACUGAGGUUCAUCAGAGUCAACCAUGGCAAAACUGAUAUCGUCUUCACCUUCGCCCGCAGAACUCAUGGAGAUUUCUUUCCCUUCGAUGGACCCCGCGGUGUGCUGGCUCAUGCCUUCCAGCCAGGAGAGGGGAUCGGAGGAGACGUGCAUUUUGAUGAAGAUGAAACAUGGACAGCGGGGAGGCAAGGUUAUAGCCUGUUCGCUGUUGCAGCUCAUGAGCUCGGACACUCACUGGGUCUGACUCACUCAAAAGACCCCUCUGCUAUCAUGUACCCCAACUACAGGUAUCACAGCCGCACACAGUACUCUCUAUCCAAAGAUGAUGUGCUGGGGAUCCAAACGCUGUAUGGAAAACCCUCAAGAAAAGAAACACAAGCAGCCCCCAAAAAGUGUGACCCCAACUUUACUUUUGAUGCAGCAGCUAUGAUUGGAAAUGAGAUUGUUUUCUUUAAGAACAGGUAUAUGUGGAUGAGAACAACAAAGACAACGUAUUGGAAUCGCCUGAGAGAGAGCCAUAGCAGCACGUAUCUACCCAGCAUCAGCUCUCACUUGGACGCCGCUUAUGACAUCCCGGCCAAAGGCGUGGCGUACAUAUUCACUGGUCAUAAGUACUGGGUGGUUCAGCAGCUUAAGAUGAAAAGUCAUGCUGGCUCCAUCUACGAGUACGGCUUCUCCUCCAGGGUCAGGCAGGUUGACGCUGCCGUGCAUAUCAGUGAAUACGGGAAAACAGUCUUCUUCAUAGGAGACGUUUAUUACAGGUAUGACGAGCGCAGCAAGAGGAUGGACCCGGGCUUCCCCAGACACAUCCAAACAGACUGGCCUGGAAUCCCGAGACGGGUCGACGCCGCCUUUAAGUUGGAUGGUAGCAUCUUCCUCUUCAGUGGGACUAAAUCAUACCAGUAUGACUUCAGACGAAACAAGGUGGUGAAUACAAUUUCAGCAAAUUCUUGGCUGGGAUGUUGAUACGGUCGAUACAGUUACUGAGAAUACGUCCUUUACAUAGUUCAGAAAAACUGUUAUGGUUGUGAAACUGAGAUAAUAAGUAUGUUUAGAUUUUUGGGGCAUGUGUGUACCUGUAUAUAAAUUACAUCUCUGACCUUCCUCUUGGGUAUAAUAGCAUUUAUACAUCCAAUGUGCAAGAGUGUACAGUACUGAGAACUUAUAAUGUGAAUAUCAAAUGCAAAGUAUAUACAUUUUUGAAAUAUUGUGGACUUUUCUUGUAUGUUUGUCCUCAGAUGUACAUUUAAUACUGAUAAAAACCUCAUGACUACAUGAUGUUAGUGUGUUAGUGUAACAAGACUUUGACAAUGUUGUAAAUCUGUAUAUGUGUUAACAGGAUUUGUGUUAUUAAACUGAACUCAAAAUUUGUUCAUAAAUCUCAGGUGUUGUUUCAUCUUUGCUCUUCAAGGCAGCGGU